CCCUUUCCCAUAUAAUGUGGACGAAAUAGAAAUAAUGACAGCGGGUGUGCUGCUUCCUCAGCUGGUGCGCUUUCGGUUUUGAACCAUGUUCGGCGUGAUUCAAGUCUCGAUGCUCGCGUGUGGCCGCUCUCUCGGACAAGCAGGCGUCUCGUGGAAUCGUCCGCCAUGCGUCGCAGCGUCCAGCGUCCGCUUCUGAGCGAAUGAGAGCGUCCGACGGUCCUACGCUCACCAGCUAGACCAUGCUUCAAGUAGGGGAGGGCAACGUCUCUCCGCUGAUCUCAAAGGUCGAGUCCAAGUCGCCGGAGCGGAAGGGACUGACGGCGCCGCCGCUGCUGCGCCGCGAACUGGGACCAAAGGAGCCGGGCCCGCUGCUGAGCCGCUCGUCAAGCCUCGUGCCGCGCGGCUCCGAAUGCAAAAUCGCCGGCUUGUACGACCUGGAGGAGACGCUCGGCAGGGGCCACUUCGCCGUGGUCAAGCUCGCUAGACACGUCUUCACCGGCGAGAAGGUUGCGGUCAAGGUCAUCGACAAGACCAAACUCGACGAGGUCUCCAAGGCGCACCUUUUUCAGGAGGUGCGAUGCAUGAAGCUGGUGCAACAUCCCAACGUGGUUCGUCUGUACGAGGUUAUAGACACGCAGACCAAACUGUACCUGAUCCUCGAGUUGGCUGACGGCGGCGACCUCUACGACUACAUAAUGCGCCACGACGAUGGUCUGGGCGAGGAAAAGGCUCGAAACUACUUCCGACAAAUUGUGCACGCCAUCUCAUACUGCCACAAACUGCACGUGGUGCACCGAGAUCUGAAGCCGGAGAACGUGGUUUUCUUUGAGCAGCUCGGCAUGGUCAAGCUGACCGACUUUGGCUUCAGCAACAAGUUCAAUCCCGGACAGAAACUGGAAACUUCCUGUGGCUCUCUAGCCUACUCGGCGCCUGAAAUUCUCCUUGGUGACUCAUAUGAUGCUCCUGCAGUAGAUGUGUGGUCGUUAGGUGUUAUCCUUUACAUGUUAGUUUGUGGCCACGCGCCUUUUCAAGAGGCAAACGAUAGUGAGACCCUCACCAUGAUUAUGGACUGCAAGUAUAAAAUGCCAUCCUACGUUUCUCAAGGUUGUUGCAAAUUGAUUGCGAGAAUGCUGGUUCGCGAGCCAGAAAAACGAGCCAGCCUGGAGGACCUUGCCAAGGACCCCUGGCUGCAGGUGAGCAGCGAGGUGCAGCCCUCCGAGUACUUGCCACUCAUUUCUAGGGAGCACGUCUCCGAAGAGGACCACAAUUUGAUCAUUCAAAAGAUGGUGUCCGGCAAAAUCGCCACAAAGGAAGAAGUUUUAGAAGCUUUGGAAAAGAACGAGUACAAUCACAUAACAGCCACGUAUUUCUUGCUGGCUGAACGAAAACUUCGAUCUCAGCGCCAGGAGCAAGCCCAGCUAGUGCAGCUUGGGGGCCUGACUCUGGCCGCCAGCCCCAUCCCCUCAAUGCCAAACUCCACGAAUUUGCCGCAAAUUAAUAGUGCCAAACGUGGCUCGCCUCGACCUACCCUCCAUCAAAUCAGUCAAGGAUCUCCUGGCGAUUUGAUUUUGCCGCAGCCGACCUCCGUGAAGUCUGGCGCCUCUGGCUCAAAGAUGCAGCAGCAAUCUAGUCAUGAUAAUUCUUUGCUUCAAGUUCCCAAUGAGAAUGUCAUUCAGGCUCCAACUCAGCCAAGGGGUCGAAAGUGCAGCAUCGUGACAGAGGAGGAGGACGAUGACGACGACACGGACCUGGGCGCAGGGAGCGACUCGUCGCGCAGCGGCUCAGGCCACUCUCUGCUGAACCGCAGAGGCAGCCGCUCGGAAGGCAAGCUUAGCCACAUGGUGCAGGAGCUAAGCACCUUGGAGCGUGCCGAGGUGAGCAAAGGUGCGCCGCGUUUCCGCUACCCGUGUAAGUCGAACGUUGCGGCGGCGUCUAGUGGUGCGGGUGUCAAAUUGAAAACGCUGCCGCCGCCGACGCUGACGUUCAGUGACAUCAGCGAGGAAUCAGUGGAUGAAGCGAAAGUGAGUUCGGCACCGCGGAUGGUGCUGACGCGGCCUGCCAAGCCGCACAAGACGCGAACGGCCAGCUGCUCGUCGUCAGACGCGUCUGACGACGACUCUGAGAACCGGAAGAAGCGAAAAUUCAAGUCGCACCUGCCACCAAGCAGUCGGCGGCGCGACUCAAACGAUGACUCAAGCGACUCUGGGGGCCAGGGCCACUCUGGAGGUGGCUCAGGUGGCGUGCCGCCUGCCGGAGAGGCCGGUCGGCCGACUGAGAGCAGCAAAAACGGCAGCGGAAGUGGCUCGAGCUCAAGCGGCCGUAAGCAUGGUGGUGGUGGCUACCGACGGCGGUGCGGCACGGCCGGUGAAACGCGGCUGCGCGAGAGCCAAUCACUGAACCGGAUCACGGAAGUGCAGGAGAGCUCCGAGAACCUGCUGGCUGCCGCGAAUAACAACAACGCGACGACGGCGGCGGCGGCGGCCGUGUCGCCGCGGACGCGCAGUCGCAGCGGCUUAGGCGCCCGCUUCAUGCUGCUGGUGGGCGGCAGGAAGGCGGCGGCGGCGGCGGCCGCCGCCGCCGCCGGUGAGGACGCCAAGGAGAACAAGCAGGCUGGCUCCUCGGGCACCAAAAUCACCAAAUACUUCCACCUGCACCGCAAACUAUGUCUGCCGCUGUUCAAGCCGGCCGCCGCCAACAACAACAUCAACUCGACCGGCAGCGUCGAGAAUGUAAAUAGCGUUGUGUGGAUUCCGGACAAAACGUAGGAGAUGACGGAUAUUUUUGUAUCAGGGAGGUUCAUUAUUGGGGAUCAAACAAACAACAAAUGUGGUGGUCUCGAUUGGGAGCUUCAAAACUCCGCAUUGGCGUGAGUAGUUUCUUCCAAUCACUAGGAAAGAGCUACUCAAGAGUGUAUUUCCGCUACAAUUUUAGGCUAUUUAUGUAUUUGUGCAGAAUUUUUGAUCCCUGCUCGUGUUGUGUCUGAUCAGAUCAUUUUACCGUAGAUUUCUUCGGAAUCGAUUUUUAGGUUGGGAAUUUAAGACGAUUUUUUUCAUCAUGCGAUUUCAGAGUCAUCAUAGACUGGUUUACAAUAAUUAUAACUCUUUUUCUAGAUAUUUGGUUUCUUGCCAAUAACAAUAUCACAUUUUAAUUGCAAUUAUUUAUGCGUUCCUUAUCAGCUAAAAUGUCAAAUUGAGACGGAUUCACAGGUUUAAAAAGCAACUUUUUCACAAACCCACCACAAAAGAAAAAAUGUGGGAAAAUUUUAAAUGCACCAGCAAUGAAGCAAUCUAAGCGGCUUUUAAUGUGUUUAUCAGGCUUUUCAAAAACAUUUGGACGAUUUUGUGUAAUUAAAGAGGGUUUUGGGUCCCAAAGACUUUGCCUUCUAAGUACAUAAUUUGUGCUCAUUUUGUGUGUAAGUGUAAAAGUAAAUCUUACACAUGCAAUUAUAAUUAUUGAUAUAGUCUUAAAUUUCCAACUUUAAUUAUAUAAAUUCAUGUUGUGUUGGAAAAACACGACCAAUACAUUUGAUGUCGUUUUUAUCUUGAAAAACUUAGUAGCUUGUGAACAAAUCCUUUCAAUUAUUGAAGUACGUUUUUAAUUUGGAUUGUCUAUUUUCAGUCUUGUCAGGAAAAUUAUGGAAUUGUAGGAUCAAACCGAGUACCAAAGGCUUCAAAUAAUACAUUUUAACGAGAAAUGCACUCUAAAGCUGCAGCAAAAAGUGAGGGAUCAAAAGCAAUUUCUUGGUAGCUAACGCCGCGAUCACGUCCCCUCGCUCUCGAGGCCACGAACCACAGAAAAAGACGCCCUGAUCAGUAAGCCAUAGAAAAGUUUUGAUAAAUAGUACUCUUCUAACUGUAGGUUUGAACAAAGCAAGUGGCGAAAAUCCCAGCUUACUGUUUCAGGGUGGAUUUGCACACACAUACACACACUCCCGAUUGAUGGAAUGGUAGCAGUGCACCCACUGUUAUUUUAAACCUGCUGUGAGCUCAACUUCCUGCUGGAGGCAAUAGCUUUUAUUAACUGCCAAGAUUCUUUGAAAUAUCAGACGCUUUUUAUUUGUUGUCUGUUUCGUCUCUUUUAGCGAAAUUAUCUUUACACAAGCACAAGAAUCAUCAACCAAUGUAAAAUCUCGUCCUGGCAGCCUCAAUGUGUCGUAUGAAAUUACACAAAAGACGGGUUUUCAUGAUUUUCGACAGCUGUCAGAUUUUAUUUCUUAUUUGUUUUGUAUAACUGUGCAAUUUCUCAUGUAAUGCCCUCUCUCUAUCUCUAUCUGCUCUACAUAGUUGACUGACUACACAUAAUUAAUUAACUGUAUUGAUGUCAAUCGCUCGAUUUGUCACUCUUGUCCCCUACCACCGCUCGUAUGAGAUCUGUCGUCAAUAAUGAUUAUUAUCAUCAUCUCAUUCGGUGCAAUAAUAUUCAAUCCAAGAACAAUAUAUCAAUAAAAUCGAUGCUUUCGAAACAUUCGCAUUGGAGUGGGUGGACAACACAAUAUGUUUCGGUUUUGAGCUAGUGCAGACGUUUCCCCUUCAAAGGUUGAUGUAACCGGUUUAAUUGAUGCUUUUAAUGAUUUGAACGCUGUUAACUGAAGGUUGAAAACUGUCAAAACAUAACCUGUUCGGUGCCGAUUCACGUAAAAAUUACUUACUAACUAAAUCGCUGAGGAAGAAGGUCACAAAGGUGGAACUUAGGAAGAAAAUUAAAAGACUUACAAAACUCUGUGCUGGCAUAGAGAAAAUACUGUUAUCAAACGCAAUUAAUUACAAAUUAAGAGUAGCAAACUUAAUUUAGGAGUUACGACUGAAUGUGGAUGCAUGUUGAACCUUUAUUACCGCUACACACGCGCAUACACAGUCCAACAGAGUUGAUUGUACAUUUCGUCUGGAAUCUCCCCCUUUUCCUCCACAGUUUGUGAGUCCCAAAAAUCAUUUUCGUGCAAUCGUAUGUUUUUUAUAAAAAAAUAUUUAUUUAGUGCGUUACGACUCGUGGGGAUGCUCAUUGCCAGUCACUUAGAUUGUGUAUUACCUGAUCUUGAGGAGACUUUGUUUAUUUAAUUAUUCAUUACUCCCACUUUAAUGUUAUUUACCUAUUUAUUGUGUAUUAUCUGGUAUGUAAAUUUAAUUGAUAAUUAUUAUGAAACAAUAAACGCUUCAGUGUAUGAAAAAUGGA